UUUUAUUUAUAAUAAUUAUUUAAGUCAGCUAAAUUAAAUUUUUGUUGUUUUAUUUUAUUUUAUAUUUGUUAUUGUAUUCUGAUACUACCCUUGCUAUAUAUCUCAGUUGAUCUAAACAGAACUGGGUUCAAUCAAAAGAAGUACUAUAAGAAAUUAAAAAUAAUGACUAACAGAGGAUUCCAAUUUGCAAUUGAUAGAGGUGGUACAUUUACUGAUGUAUUUGCAAUUUGUCCUAAUGGCAAAGUGAGGGUUAUGAAACUACUGUCUGUAGAUCCCCAAAAUUACGAUGAUGCACCACGAGAAGCUAUAAGGAGGAUAUUGCAAGAGGAAACGGGAAAUGCCCUAGACAAAGAUGGUAAAGUGAAUGCCACAUUAAUUGAAUCAAUAAGAAUGGGUACAACAGUGGCUACAAAUGCCCUGUUAGAGAGGAAAGGAGCAAAGAUGGCACUUGUUAUCAAUAAAGGUUUUAAAGAUUUGCUACUUAUUGGAAAUCAGGCUCGUCCAAAUAUAUUUCAAUUAAAUAUAAAACGACCCGAAGUUCUUUAUAAAGAAGUAGUAGAAGUUGAUUGUCGUGUUAUACCAUCGUUAGAAGAGCGCUGUCAAAUUGACAGAUCCAAACAAAACUGGAAAGAAGUACACGGUGCCACAGGUCAAAAGAUGCUGGUCAUAAAAGAUAUAGACGAGGAAGCGGUAAAGAAAGAUCUAGCCGCCUUAAGAGAGAAAGGGAUAGAUAGUAUUGCGGUUGUUCUUGCUCAUAGCUAUAACUAUCGGGACCAUGAAGUGAGAAUUGGCAAGAUUGCAAGCAAUUUAGGUUUCUCUCAGAUAUCUCUAUCUCACUCUGUGACGUCCAUGGUGCGUCUAGUGCCUCGGGGAUACACGGCCAGUGCUGACGCAUAUCUGACUCCUCAUAUAAGAGAAUACCUGAGAGGUUUCUCUGAAGGAUUCACAGAUAAUUUAAAAAAUUCAAAUGUCUUAUUCAUGCAGUCUGAUGGCGGAUUGACUCCUAUGAAUUUAUUUAACGGCUCUCGUGCAAUAUUAUCAGGCCCUGCCGGUGGAGUAGUUGGUUAUGCUUUGACUUCAUACCAGAGAGAUACAAAUCUACCUGUCAUUGGUUUCGAUAUGGGCGGGACGUCUACGGACGUAUCUCGUUACGCGGGUACGUUGGAACAUGUACACGAAGCAACCACGGCCGGUGUGACCAUACAGGCGCCGCAGUUAGAUAUAAACACAGUGGCUGCAGGUGGUGGAUCAAUGCUGUUCUUUAGGUCGGGGUUAUUCGCAGCGGGUCCGGAGUCUGCGGGUGCGCAUCCCGGACCGGCUUGUUAUCGCAAGAAUGGACCGCUCACAGUCACGGAUGCCAAUCUAUUACUUGGCCGUCUUCUGCCAGAGUAUUUUCCCAAGAUCUUUGGAACCAAUGAAGACGAGUCGUUGGAUAAAGAGGCCACGACGAAAGCUUUUACGAACAUGACGCAUGACAUCAAUAACUUCUUAAGACAAGAUGGCGGCAAAGAGAUGAAUAUGGAGGAGGUGGCAAUGGGCUUUCUGAAUGUGGCUAACGAGGCCAUGUGUAGACCAAUUAGAGCGCUAACAACCGCUCGUGGUUAUGAUGCGCGUUCGCACGCUCUGUCCUGUUUCGGAGGCGCUGGAGGUCAGCACGCAUGCGCUGUCGCCAAACAACUCGGCAUUACUACUGUGCUUGUCCAUAAAUACGCAGGUAUCCUAUCAGCGUACGGCAUGGCUUUAGCCGACGUGGUACAAGAAGCGCAGAACCCGUGUGCCCUGGUGUACGCUCCUAAUAAUUUCGCCGAGUUGGAUAGACAGCUCGAAGUGUUAGCUGGUGUCUGUAAGAGCAAGUUAAAGGAACAGGGUUUCAAGGACUCCCAAAUAGUAUUGGAGCCCUACUUGCAUCUCCGGUACUCUGGUACAGACUGUGCUUUAAUGGUAUCCCCCAGCACCGGGGACUCCCCGCAUACAACUAGACAUGGGGACUUCUAUACUUCGUUUAUAAACAGGUACAAGAAAGAAUUUGGCUUCACUCUAUCAGAGCGGGAUGUUUUGGUGGAUGAUGUAAGAGUCCGUGGGAUCGGUAGGAGUCAAGUUUUAGAAGAGAACGCGCCACCUAGCGGAAAAGGGGCACCACCGGUUGAGAAGUCUGUGAAAGUUUACUUCGAAGGCGGCUAUCAAGAGACUUCUGUGUAUUUGUUGGAGAAGCUACAGCCGGGCCAGGAAGUCCUAGGUCCCGCGAUCAUUAUGGACAGUCUGUCUACUAUAUUAGUCGAGCCCGACUGCCGAGCCAUUAUAACGAAAUACGGGGACAUCCGUAUAACGAUCGGGGAGGGCAAACGCAAGGUGGUGUCCAGGGACUGCGACUCGGUCCAAUUGAGUAUAUUCUCACAUAGAUUCAUGUCCAUCGCUGAACAAAUGGGGAGGGUGUUACAAAGGACCUCAAUAUCGGUUAAUAUAAAGGAGCGUUUAGAUUUCUCCUGUGCUUUGUUCGGCCCCGACGGAGGCCUUGUGUCGAACGCGCCACAUAUUCCCGUCCAUUUGGGAGCCAUGCAGGAAACUGUACAAUACCAGAUGAAAGUCCGCGGUGACUCAAUGAAGCCUGGCGACGUGUUUCUCGCGAAUCACCCGAAGGCUGGGGGUUCACAUCUCCCAGACUUGACUGUUAUAACGCCUGUUUUCCACAAUUCGAAAAGACCGAUAUUCUUCGUGGCUUCCCGUGGCCAUCACGCAGAUAUAGGGGGUUUGACUCCCGGUUCAAUGCCUCCCCACUCCACCAGUCUCGCUCACGAGGGAGCAGCUUUCAAGUCCAUGUUAUUGGUCGACGGAGGGAAAUUUAAUGAAGAAGAGUUGGUCAGAGAGCUGAUGAAACCUGGGGAAGUACCAGGUUGUUCGGGUUCGAGGAACCUAACUGAUAAUUUAUCUGAUUUAAAGGCGCAGGUUGCUGCCAAUCAGAGGGGUAUACAAUUAGUCGGUGAGCUUAUAGACGAAUACACUCUUCCUGUGGUUCAGGCGUACAUGGCGCACAUACAGAAGAACGCUGAACUGGCAGUUAGGGAUAUGCUUAAGGAAAUUGCUAGAAAAUCUCUAAAAAACACGGGAACAAAAAUAUUGAAGGCCACCGAACACAUGGAUAAUGGCAGUCCGAUAGUACUCACGGUCACCCUUGAUGAAGAAGAGGGUUCAGCUAUUUGUGAUUUUACCGGAACUGGUAUAGAGGUUUGGGGUAACCUCAAUGCCCCUAGAGCAAUAACUCUGUCUGCUAUCAUCUACUGCUUGAGGUGUAUGGUGGGACAUGAUGUACCUCUUAAUCAGGGUUGUCUGAAUCCUGUGAAAGUGAUAAUUCCGGCAAACUCAAUUCUCGACCCUUCGGAGGAAGCGGCUGUCGUGGGCGGAAACGUGCUGACGUCGCAACGGGUCGUCGAUGUUGUGUUGAAGGCUUUUCAGGUGUGUGCCGCAUCUCAAGGCUGUAUGAACAAUUUAACAAUAGGGGAGAGUGAUUGGGGCUAUUACGAAACAGUGGCGGGGGGAAGUGGGGCGGGUCCGUCCUGGCACGGGACGGGUGGUGUACAUACACACAUGACGAACACUCGGAUCACGGACGUGGAAAUUGUGGAGACGAGAUAUCCCAUCCUGGUCACGGCGUUCUCCUUGAGACCCAAUUCUGGGGGUUUAGGUGUGUUCUGUGGAGGCGAUGGGGUGGUUAGAGAGCUGGUGUUUAGAAGGACUGUACAACUCUCAGCUCUUACCGAGAGAAGAGUUUUUCAACCAUACGGGAUUAAUGGUGGUUCAUCUGGAGCCGUGGGUCUGAACCUACUGCAGAGAGCUGGCGGAAGACUCAUUAACCUCGGAGGAAAGGCGUCCAUAGAGGCUUAUCCUGGGGAUAAAUACAUCAUGCACUCUCCCGGUGGAGGUGGAUUCGGAAAUGGCCUCAAACGGACAAACGAAGAAACUGUCCAGUCCCAACAAAUGUUCCAGGAAAGAGGAAGCGUGUUCGAAUACCGGAAUGCGCAGGAGUCUACGUAGUGAGAACUAAUAAAUAACAAAUUCUCGUUAAAAGAGAUGCCUUUGCACAAAAAUACCUAACAUAUACUAACUAUAUACUUUGUAUUGAACAUAUACAACGACCUCAGCCACUGGGGUCUUCGGGUCAGCUCUUUUGAUUUGGAGCUUCACAACUUCAUAAGGAGUAGAUCUUAUAACUAUUCAAAAUAGUAAAAUAUCACUUGUCUCGUGAACAAAGUCGUAAAAUCCUUUUUUUCUCGGAAAAAAUAAAAUAUUCCUAUUAUUACUAAGUACACGAUAUAUACAAAAAUAUAUUAAAUGAAAGCCAUCUUACUUUAUUUAAACGUUAUUGUUAUGUAAUAAAAAUUACUAAAUUUACAAUACAGUAAUUUACCUAAUUAGACUGGAGAGCUUAUUACGAAUGUUUCACUGUUUAAACAUAAUUACUGAUGAUACAGUAACCGCAUUACGACGGUAAUUUUGGCGAAUGUCUAGAUCGUAAUAAUUUAUUACCACUCGAUUUGCUGAAAUAUUAUGAUCGCAUUGUCUUUAUGAGUAUUUGGUAGAAUUACAAUCUAAAGUAAAACCAUCUUUUUGGUUGUUGCUAUCUAUUUCAGUUAAGGUAAGUAGUAAGUAUAACUAACAUAGUACAAAAUAAUUUCCGUUAAAUAAAUAAAUCCUCCUGUUUUGAUUAUAGUUCUGAAAAACGUUACAGUUAUAGAACAUUCGUUAAAACAGUCGUUAAAGUGAUUAUUGUCCCCCGGGACAAGCGAUAUGUAUUUUAGCCAAAUUGAAUUCUGUCAUUUUGGCAAAGUUAUAUAGUUUUAAGUACAUAAAUGUCUACAUAAUUAUCUUUUUAAUCAGUUGAAAUGUGCCGAUCAUUCCAAUAAUGUUGAAAUUGACAUCAACACGAUUCUCUAGCAUUUCAUACAAAGUUACAUUUUUUUCUGAUUUUAAUUACCAAGUGUGUUAGUUUCAUUAGAAAAUAUUCAAAGUUCCUUAAGCUCUAUAUUAACCACUCGCGUACAACAAUACAAUAUUAGCGAAAUAAUCAAAUGUUAAUUGCUAUUAACGAAUGAAUGCAAAGUAGAAGUUGAAGAGAGUGCCUGCGUCUGGAUAUACUCUCGGGGCGUAACUCUGACGAUUUAGUAAAUAACCACGCUUAUUAAACAAAGGAAGGCUGUGUGAGCAAAAUGUACAGCCUGGGCUCGUACAUAUAUGCAUUUUAUUGUGUCUUAACAUUAAUGGGCUGGUUAUAGCGUAUAAAAUGGUUUUGCUAGGCAUAGCUAUCGUAAAAUAGAGAUUACGUACAGGAAAGAAACAUUUGCAUUUUCUAAUAGGAAUAAAGCUUACCAGUUAUUUCAAAGUAAAAAAAAGUCUUGCUAAGUUGAAAGAGCGUGAUAAAGACAAUACAUAAUAAGCACAAUUUUAUAUAUUCUAUAGGUUUAGAUAUUGAGCAGUCAAUCUAGCACACGAUGUUACCAAACGUACAAUAUAAUUGUUGGUUUUGUUUUGAGAAAUAGCCAAAGUUUUAAUGUGAAUUGUUAUUUGAUUAUUAAAGUUCUAUUCGAUUU